AUGGCUGGUAACAACAACAAUCCACAGAAGCCUCAAGGCUCUGCGCCUUCGCCUUUCGGGAAUCCUGGGAUGGCCUCUGCGUCGGUUCCUGGAAACCAAGGCUUUGCUCAGUCUCAGAUGGCAGCUAACUUUCAAGCUCAGUUUCAGUUCUCACAACAGGCCAUGGCCCAUGCUCAAGCACAGUCUAAAGCUCAAGUUCAAGCUCAAAUGCAAGCUCAAGGCAUGAUGAUGAACCAAUCCCAAGGCUCUCAGGGGAUUGGUGGCUUAGGCCCAUCUUCGCCUUCCAUGACCACUCCUGGAAGUUUAAACAUGAAGAGGUUCCAGCAGAAACCCCCAAUGCGACCUCCUGGUUUCUCUGCGAAUAACAACACCAUCUCCCCGAUGAGAACAAUGGAGUUAACUCCUGCUGCCCGGAAGAAGAAACAGAAGCUUCCGGAGAAGUCAUUGCAGGAGCGAGUGGCUGCAAUCUUGCCUGAGUCUGCGUUAUACACGCAGCUUCUGGAGUUUGAGUCUCGGGUGGAUUCCGCGUUAACUAGAAAGAAAGUUGACAUCCAGGAGGCACUUAAGAACCCUCCCUGCAUACAGAAGACGCUUAGGAUCUACGUUUUCAACACGUUUGCUAACCAAAACAACAACACCAUUCCUGGGAAUCCAAACGCCGACCCACCAACAUGGACUCUGAAGAUUAUUGGUAGGAUCUUGGAAGAUGGUGUGGAUCCCGACCAGCCAGGAUUCGUUCAGAAAUCAAACCCAUUGCAUCCCAAGUUCUCGUCUUUCUUCAAAAAGGUUCAAAUUACCCUGGAUCAGAGGCUGUAUCCUGAUAACGUGAUCACAUGGGAGAGUUCUCGAUCACCUGCUCCUCAGGAAGGGUUUGAGAUAAAGAGGAAAGGGAACCAGGAUUUUACAGCUAGUAUCCGGCUGGAGAUGAACUACAUCCCUGAAAAGUUCAAGCUUUCUACUGCACUGAUGGAUGUUCUUGGGAUCGAGGUUGAGACCAGGCCAAGAACCAUCGCAGCAAUCUGGCAUUACGUCAAGGCGAGGAAGUUGCAGAACCCGAACGACCCUUCUUUCUUCAACUGUGACGCUGCACUUCAGAAAGUCUUUGGGGAAGAGAAGCUGAAAUUCACAAUGGUGUCUCAGAAGAUACAUAAUCACAUGUCAGCGAUACCACCGAUUCACUUGGAACACAAAGUCAAGCUCUCGGGAAACAAUCCGGCCAUAUCAGCAUGUUACGAUGUGUUGGUGGACGUGCCCUUCCCGAUCCAGAGGGAUCUGAACAAUUUGCUGGCUAACGCAGAGAAGAACAAAGAGAUUGAGGCUUGUGAUGAAGCAAUAUGUGGAGCCAUAAGGAAAAUCCACGAGCAUAGGAGGAGGCGAGCGUUCUUCUUGGGGUUCAGCCAAUCGCCAGUUGAGUUCAUAAACGCAGUGAUCGACUCUCAGAGCAAGGAUCUCAAGGUCGUAGCGGGAGAAGCCAGUCGAAGUGCUGAGAAAGAACGCCGAGCAGAAUACUUCAACCAACCUUGGGUCGAAGAUGCAGUGAUACGUUACUUGAACCGGAGGCCUGCAGCUGGGAACGAGGGGCCAGGGAAUUGGCAAUAG